UGGGGAAUAGUAGCAAGAAGAAUGAAGUCGAUUCAAAAAAGGAAAAAAAAGGCUAGAAAAGAGGGCCCACGGCCGACUAAGAGCGCGGGCGACGGGCAGCUAAGACGGAAGCGAGAUAGUCGACCAGAAUAGCCUGAUCCGCCUAAAUCUCCCCGCAUUUUCAGGGAACAAGACCUUCGUUCAUCUUUUCAUCACAUUUCUAGGCCGCCGAGUCUCCGAGUCGCUGACCAUUCGUCUUCCAGCGACUCCGGGGUCCCCGGAUACGGCCUCGCUUAUUGGGUUAUGCGUCAGGGACAGACUCGGUGAGUGGUGAUGUGCGGGAUUAACCACGCUAGCGUGGAUCUACUGCGGAGGCAGAAUGUAUGGAAACCGCCGGGUUAACUGGGUCAGAGGGCCAUAUCCUUGCCCCUGCUCAGUUCGGACAGAAUUUCCAUUGCCCUCGUCAUCAUAAUUUGAGUACCGACAUAUAGGAGACCAGGGUUUCCACACAAAGUAUCUGGGGGCGGAGUCCGAUGGAACGUGCAUGGGGGGGGGAGGCGGCAGUUCUACAGGUCUGACCGGGACGGUGCCACGCGCCAGGCUGACCAGGAUGCGAGAGCGAGAUUAAAGAGGCAACAUGAUUACGGAGGCUGCAUGUUUUCUAUACGCCACAUGUCUGUUCUUCAUGCGCCAGAGUCUUUUUUGGCAUGCCCUUUCAGGGUUUCAGAGGGGGGCAAAUAAUCCCCGCUCGUAGCAGGAGAGAGGACCAUAUGAGUGUGGAUGGAGAAAAGGAACCCUGCAGUAGUCGACCAGAUGAUCGUCUGGGGAAAGAGCGUCGCAGGACUUGCCGAUCCAGGGUCACCUCCUCUUGGAUUUGACACUAAAACAACUUCGUAGCGCCGGCCAUGAUUCCUUUAGUCCGGAGGUUAGCAGGCGAUGCAGUUGCCAGGUAGUUAUAGCCCUUUGCAUGAAUCAGCAGAGGUACCGAGAGAGCCAGGCUGCAAGCUCGCCCAAUGAUUCUCAGUUCCUCACCACUCAUCGGGGGGCCCUCUUUUUGACCCACGGUAUGGAGUCAGGCAAACGAGGCGGAAUCGGGACUGAAAAGCGACGGGACCCUUCUCAACGUUUCUUUCAGGUCCGUUUUUGAUCAAGCGGGGACUUUGGGAAGCGUGUUCAGUAGCAACUGUCCAAUUGCCACGGGGAGCGCACCACACCGAUGCCGAGACCCUGUUCUUCCGGGCGCGAUAUCCUCUUCGAGUCAAGUGCCCGAGGAGAUGAGGAGAUGAUUUAGAGGCAUUCCCAUCACCCCAAACAUCGAAAUGCCGGCCUGCACGGCAUAUCUGGACAUUUCAUCCGCGGCAAAAGUGACGUUGACAAGGUGGAGGAGGAGACCAUCUGAAUACCCCGCAGCACAUGGACUGCGACUCCUUUUCGAUUGAACCCCUGGAGAGAAGCAGGGGGGGAAUGCAUGAAAUUGCCAAGCCUGGCUAACAUGUGUCCUUGGGAGCCGAAGAAUGGAGGGGCCGUUGACUCUCCCGAAUCCUGGGGGAGCAGUCUGAUCAUUGGUUCGGCUUGAGGGGGUCCAUUACACGCAAGUGGACUAGCGUGUAGUUGGCUCCCAAGCUAGUGGGUUUCAGCAGUUGAGAGCCAGAAUGGCUUGACUUUGUCAAUUUGUCGAAGCGAGUUCCAUGGACUCAAUCAUAGAAGUCUGAGAAUAUCAUCUGAGAGAUAAAGUUUGAGGUCAAGGGAAUGCGGGCCGGCAAGACUGGAGGGUGGAUGGAGGGGUGUGGGACUGACCCUGAGAGUUUGGGUGAGGCAGCAGCUCGACGGAGAGACCUCCGUGACCAAGAAAGAUGACUGGCAGUCGUCCCCUUUGAGCGAAAGUCAGCCAACAUGCUCCGUCUCUGCUCCUGGAGGGGCACUGGAACCGGAAAUUGGUAAUUCCACCUCGACACACAGAAGACAAAAGAGGAGAUUUGGCAAGUCUAUGGACAACCCGGCCACCUGAUCAGGGAAUAUUGACACCCGAACUCCAAGGCAGGAAAGUCAUGUGCCCGGGACCUCCGUUCCCAAAAAGGAAGGCUCGUGGGGGGUUUCUUAUCGAUAAGCCCAUCGCAGCUGCUUCUAAAUAGCUCCUUCUCCCCAGUCGUUAAAUAGUCAGUAUUCAAAUAUUAACAAAUACCAAAAAACAUCCCAUCAGGAUGGAAUUCAGUCGUCAGUCACUCUCCACUGGUUGGAGUUUCCGCGAUCGCGAUGCCGACGAGUGGAUACCCGUCUCUGCGGUACCGUCCGUGGUCCAGCAGGAUCUCAUUGCCAACAACAAGUUAGAUGAUCCAUUCAUUGGAUUCAAUGAGCUCAAAGCUCGUUGGGUCAAUGAGAAGGCUUGGGUAUACCGCAAUACUUUCCAACGUCCACACGUGCCCGAGGGUGCCGCAGUGGACUUGGUCUUCGAUGGUCUGGACACCUUUGCCACGGUCAAGCUCGACGGUCAGGUUAUCCUACAGAGUGAUAACAUGUUCUUGGGUCACCGCGUCAAUGUGACCAAGGCAUUGGAGGCAGAGGGUGAUCAUACGCUUGAGAUUGAAUUCGACUGUGCCAUGCUCAAGGCACGUGAAUUGCGAGCUCAGGACCCAAAUCACAAAUGGGUUGGAUUCAAUGGAGAUCAGUCACGUCUGGCAGUUCGCAAGGCACAGUAUCACUGGGGUUGGGAUUGGGGUCCGGUGCUGAUGACUGCGGGUAUUUGGCGUCCAGUGCAACUCGAAGUGUAUACAGCUCGGAUAGUCGAUCUUUGGCCUCGAACGCAGCUGGCUGCUGACCAUCAAUCGGCCGAAGUGACUGCUAUCGCCAAGUUCGACACGGUAUCCGGGGGUGAUUACACAGCUCGCUUCGGUCUCAGCUUAAACGGAAAUGAGAUCGCUACUCAAGAUGUUCCCGUCUCCGCGAAAAACCAAGCAGAGGUAGCCUUCCGCGUGAACCGUCCAGAGCUCUGGUGGCCGCAUGGAUAUGGAAGUCAGACAUUGUACGAUAUCUCCGUGUCACUGCACCGCGGCGACGCAUCAGUUGUUCAGAAAUCCAAGAAAUUCGGUAUCAGAACGGCCGAGGUCAUUCAACAGCCAGACAAACAUGGCAAAUCCUUCUACUUCCGGGUCAACGGGAUGGAUGUCUUUUGUGGUGGUUCGUGCUGGAUUCCAGCCGACAGUCUCUUGACCAACGUCACCGCAGAGCGCUACCGCAAGUGGAUUGAGUUGAUGGUUGAGGGCCGACAGAUAAUGAUUAGGGUCUGGGGUGGCGGGAUCUACGAGGACGAUGCAUUCUACGAGGCAUGCGACGAGCUUGGUGUGUUGGUCUGGCAGGAUUUCAUGUUUGGCUGUGGGAACUACCCGACUUGGCCCACGAUACUCGAGUCGAUCCGUCAAGAGACGGUCUACAACGUCCAGCGCUUGCGGCACCAUCCAUCAAUUGUCAUCUGGGUCGGCAACAACGAGGACUAUCAGGUGCAAGAGUCAGAGGGCUUGACUUACAACUAUGAGGAUAAGGACCCGGAAAGCUGGCUGAAGACAGACUUCCCCGCUCGUUACAUCUACGAGAAGCUACUCCCAGAAGUUGUUGCUGAGCAUUCACCCAGCACGUUCUACCACCCUGGAAGCCCAUGGGGUGAUGGCAAGAAGUCGUUUGAUCCUACGGUUGGUGAUAUGCACCAGUGGAACGUAUGGCAUGGCACUCAAGAGAAAUAUCAAAUCUUCGACACUCUCGGCGGCCGGUUCAAUAGCGAAUUUGGCAUGGAGGCUUUCCCACAUCUAUCUACCAUUGAACACUUUGUCGAGGAUCCAAAGGAUCUUUUCCCACAGUCUCAUGUGAUUGACUUUCACAACAAGGCCGACGGGCACGAGAGGCGACUGGCUACUUACCUAGUGGAGAACCUGCGGACAGCCACUGACCUCGAGACUUACAUCUACUUGACUCAAGUAGUUCAAGCCGAGACCAUGAUGUUCGGGUACAGAGGCUGGCGCCGCCAGUGGGGCGAUGAGAGACACUGUGGUGGAGCCCUUCUGUGGCAGCUGAAUGACUGCUGGCCGACCAUCUCCUGGGCCAUCGUCGAUUAUUUCCUGAACCCCAAGCCCGCCUACUACGCCGUCAAGCGAGUCCUCAACCCCAUCGCCGUGGGGGUGCGCCGAGAACAUCACGAUUGGAGCGUGGCUCAUGCACAGCCACCACGAACCAGCAAGUACGAGCUGUGGAUCUCCAGCAACAAGCCAGACACGGUUCGCGGUAGUGUUGAGCUGCGAUUCCUAUCCGUCAACACAGGCCGCGACAUCCGCACGCCGAUCGUGCGUGAGGAUAUCACCAUUACCGCCAAUGGCACCACCAACAUCAUCACCGACGGUCUGAUCGAUCACGUCGCCGAGCCGGAGCCACAUGUCCUGGCCGCCCGCCUGUGGGUUGACCACAAGGUUGUUGCACGAGAUGUAGACUGGCCCCAACCAUUCAAGUAUCUCGAUUUAUCAGACCGGGGUCUCGACGUGCAAUUGAAGCGCGGAUCUUCCGGACAAGCUACCCUAGUGCUCAACAGUCGCAAGCCCGUCAAGUGUCUCGUCAUCGAGGAGCAAGAGGGCGUUAGACUGAGCGAUAACGCUAUCGACAUCGUACCAGGUGACGAACAGACCGUGGAUGUUACUGGGUUGGGCGACCGGCCACUAAAGUAUCGGUUCCUGGGCCAGGACUCGUGCGCAUUGCUCCAGUAAGAGCGUGUGUUCGCUUUUCAUUAAUGAUCGCAUGACGUCGCAUACCAAACUGUGAUGUUUCUUUGGGCAUGUCUAUAGACUAGUGACAAUGGAUCAAAGAUGCCACGCAUUUCUAAGGCUCUUAGCUAAGUAAGUGAAGCUGAAAAUCGAUUUGAAUCCUUC